GGUACCUACAUGUAUUUAUCCAUCUUUUAUUGACAAUGCGCGCGUUCAUCCACAUCAAAGCCCAAAACCCCGAGAAAUAUUAUGACCACCUAGCCUAGGUAGGUUUAUAGGUUAAUUCCCUUUUUAAUCGGAAUUACAUGUAUACUUUUAUGUAUUUCUGUUCUGUUGGCUUAAUAUCUUGCCAUCAAAGACAAUCUUCGACUCAUGUCGGCCAUACGGUUAUGGCAAAGUAACCAGAAUCAUGGAACCUCCGGCAAAGAAAAUGAAAUUUGGGCAGGUCCCUCUCAACAGCGAUGACGAAGAAGAAGCAAAUCUAGAUGAACUCUCUAUGAGUCCUACUCAAUUUGAUGCUAGGCAAGACCCUAUGUACGAACUCGAUAAGGGUAGGGCUAAGGCUGCGACAAGACUCAAGUCUGCAUUUGAACGUAUUUUCGAAAAGUACGAAAGGGAUUUCACCGACGUCGGCGAUGAGAUCGACUUGGAGACUGGUGAGGUGAUUAUUAACAAUGGUCAUCUUCAAUCUCUACAAGAUGAGAAGGAUCGUGCCCGAGAGGGCUCUGUUUCAAGUAACGAGGAGGAAAAACUCAUGAUAGGGAAAGGGAAAGACACUCAAUCAGUUGAUUCACGUUCUCAAUCCUUGCCUCGCGCCAAUUCAUUACCUCAACACACUCCCUCUCUUCCGUUGGAUGUUGGCUCAAAUCAAAUUGCUCCCACCGGCCUAGCAACGGGUUUUCAGCCACUGCCUCCGGGGAUGCCCUCAGAUCCAUUUGGGUUCCCGAAUCAAUUCACGAACCAAUUCAUGUUCGGGCCCCCUAUGCCUAUGGAGAGGCAUAUUGACCCGCUCUGGCAAAUUCCGGAAAUUCCAGUUCCCCUUCAUAUGGAUAGGUUUGGCUUUCUAAGUCAAUCUAUGGGCAUGGGGUAUCUGAACAUGCCUGGAUACGGUUAUGGAUUAAUGCCAGCAGAAGGAGCGUAUAGUAAUCGUCCACCGAACAACAUGUUUGGCCCUCAGAUGCCAAAAAGGCUUCCCGUCAAAAAGACACAGAUACGAAAGCCUCCACCUCGUGUAGCGGUAGCCCAAGAGGAUUCAGAAGAGGAUGAUCUUCUGCUAGGCGAGACGACGCAGGAAGCUCCCAAACCUGUAGUAUCGGGAAGCAAGAGGCCCUCAUCAUUAGUUGAGGUGACGGGGAAUGUGACAAGAACAGACCCAAAAACUGAUAUACAAACGACUACAGCUACAACUGAGCAUGAUUCACAAAAGCCACGGCGCAGGUCUCCCGCAAAGCCUAGGAAAGCGAUAUCGCCGUCAAAACUACCGAUGUCUAUGGAGACAACUAAUGACAACAUAAGUGCGCAAGAAAACUUGAAUAGUCAAAUGUCGGAGUUUGCAUCUGAAUCUGCUAUUGACGCGGUAGCUACCUGUGCAGCAGCUACAUCCACAUCACAUCCCUCAACGCCAGAAGAAUCUAUUUUAGCGAAGCAAAUUAUUACGAGAUUAGCUCAAAUUAAGACACAGACGGAAGGUUUAACUCCAGGGGAAUCCAAACUUCUCAAUGAUCAACAAAAGAAGUCUUCUGAGUUCUAUGGCCACUUCUCAUGGAUGAAUGGUCAUCAGCCAAUACCAGAAGCUACUGGUUCAUCAGACGACACUGAAAAUGUAGCCAAUGCAGCUUCGGGACCCAUAACUCUAGAGUCUGAUAAAUCCUCUGAACACACCAUACCUGACAAGUCUCUGCAUGAGAGAGACGUUAUUCAACCUGGACUGAACAUUGUACUUGAAGGAGGAGGGGGUGAAUACAAAGAGCCUAUCGAAAAAACCACCCAAGAGGUUACUGUACAGACCGCUACAGCCACAUUAGAUGAAAAAAUUCAGAUCGAGAAUUCGCUUGCAAUCUCGUGCGAGUGUACUGAAGAGAAUAAGGGGGUUGAGGUUGCUCCCGUGGAAUUCUCGCAUGCCGACUACGAUUCAACCGGUCCUUGCUCUAUAGACGAAAACCCGAGAGACUACUCCCCUUUGUUUUUUGAUGAUGAGUUUGGAAUGAAAGAGGCGGAACCUCUCGUCGAAGACAAUGAAAUACUCGUACAUGCCGAAAAUGAAUUAUCCCGGUUUUCCUUGGCCGGGGAAAACGAUCUCAGCAAGCCUCAGAGUUUGAGUCUGAACCGUUACUUCAACCACGAAGAUGAUCACAGUGUCAGCUUUCAAAGCAGUACCACUGAUUAUAUAGAUUUUGCGGCCGAUACUGAAACUACUUUCCAGGAUGCUGUGAACAACCAGAUACUCGGAGAUUUGGUGGAAGCGCAGAAGUCUGAUAUAGCGUCAGACGACAAGCAAGACCGGCGUCUGGACCCCCCUACAGAAAGAGAGCAAAAUAAAACAACUUUGCCGUCGCCAGUUGCCUCGCAGGAAGAGGCUCAGCCUAUCGAGGUCCAGCCUAUCGAGGUCCAGCCUAUCGAGGUCCAGCCUAUCGAGGUCCAGUCUGUUGAAGUCCAGCCUGUCGAGGUCGAUACUACGAAGUCAACCCUAGCCCUUAGUAACAUAGUAAACCCAAUAGCCUCUACUGAACCAGUUCCAAAUCCACAACCCUUGCCCGAAGAAAUUAUACCCCAGCCAACACCCGAACCAUCUGUGCCUCAGACAUCGACCAAACUGGCAUCAAACAGUAUGACCGACCUGGUUAUACGACCAGCGCAAGCACAUAUUGAGAGCACUCUGCCGAGCUUGGAGGAGAGACGACCCAAGAGCUCAAGCCCAUCGAAGAGUCGGCCACUGGUCCCUAGGACGCCAAAGAAAUACAAAGAAAAGGGUGCAGCCGCAGAGCCCCGAAGCGGUACCCACCGCACCCCGUCCCCCAAGAAGAAAUACGCCCUGGCCUCUUUAAUCUCGGACGACGAGGACGAGCUGAGCAUCCUGUCUUCAAGCGUCGUGCCAAGCCCCUUUUAUUCCAAGCCUAGCGGUUCCCACGCUAAAACUAACUAUUUACCACCCACCAUCCUAUCACCACAUAAAUCCAGUCAUCGUCAUCAUCACAAUAGAAACACCACCAGCACACCCAGCGGCCGCAUCACCAAGCACGCCGCACCACCAGCGACGGAUUCCAGGGCAUCCCGGGGCACAAAGCGGCGGUUCGAUUCAUCCUCCGGCGUGCAGAGCUCGCCGCUAUCGCGCACCGUGCUGGCCUCGAACAAAUCAAACUCAAACUCAAACUCGAAUACAUACACGGAGCGCGGUGGCGAUCUUCUACUCGCGUCUACGCCGUCGCGCCGCGGCCGUAAUAAUAGAGGAGGGGCGGAGAACAGCAGUCCGGUGCGCACGCCCGGCGGCUCCGCGCGCAAGUGUGGCGUCGAUGGGUUCAUAUGUGACCGCGACUUCUGCUUCACGUGUUGUAAAUAGAGCGAGCAUUUAACCCCUUAGCUACCUACCUACCUACCUAGCUAGGUAGUAGACACGAGGGGAAAAAAAAAGUAAAUAUGACGAUCGGUGUCAAUAGUUAUAGAAUACGGGGAUUAGAUAAUUAGAUUAUUAGGUACAUAUGUAGGUAGUGAGUGAGUGAGUGAUGGUUACAUACCAUGUACCUACCCACCUACCUACCUACCUAAGUGCCUUCGUACGGCUGGCUACCUAGGCAGUCAAACGAAGGCUACAUACAUGUACAUAGACGUUGAACAAGAAAGUGGUCUAAACCGACUUUUAGAUAUUAGAUAGAUAUUAGAUAGAUAGAUACAUGGUAUGUAUAAAGCUAGGGACAACAUUAUGAGAGGGUAUUUAUGUAGAAGACAAGACGCGAUCGUAGGGUAAAUUAGAUACAGAUAUCUGACCUAUGUAUAUGUAGGUUUGUAGAUACCGGGUAACAGAUGCUUAGA